AUUCCUGUUAUGAAUUGAUGACAGAAAAAUCGAGAAGAAAUAAAGAUUGAUAAGAUGCCAGAAAGCUUCUAGCUCUAUAUCGAUAGACACGGUGAAGAAAUUAUUCAAGAUAGUAUUUCUAUCGAUCUUUCAGUCACUCUCGGUUUGAAAGCUUAACAACACACUAUAUUCAGUCAUAGUACGUGCAGUAUAACGGGAUAUUAAUAAUGCGUAACGUAUCAUGUGAAUCGAUAGUGUAUCUAACAAUUGUAAGAUAUUCUAAUAAAGUGGCGCACUCUGCCGUUGGAGAGAGAAAUCGAAGAGGAACAGUCGGGAAUGCCGAUGAUGCGCGCUCAGCGGUUUGCUGGAUCAGUGCUAGUGCUUGAUGCGAGGCGAGUGUACGGUAGCGCACGGGCGCUUCGCGUAUAUGAGUUGUGCACGGACUGUUUUCGUUCUGUCGUUUCGUUAAAGCGCGUUCGUACUACUUGCCGUGAUAGUGUACGUACAUAAAAACAUUAGCAUAUAAAGACAUACAAGUAACAAAAGUGGACGAAGAAAGAAAAAUUAAUCGACAGUCAAGAACGAACAGUUGAACGAGGAAUAGUCGACCAGUUGAAAAGAUCGCGAGUAAAGGAAAAGUAAAGGAACGUAGGGCAGGGUGCCUCGUCACCAGCCCACGAAUAAAGGGCAAGAGAAAUGGGCCGAUCCGUACUUACGUGAUAGGAGGUGCAUGAGCGCGCGCGCGCUCGCACUCGCUCGCGUGUGUAUGUGCGUGCGUGUGUCAUCGCUGUGCGAGUGUGUAACGCGAGAAAGGGAUGAAAAAGGGUGAAAAUAAUUUGGCUAAAUUUCAAAAGUGAAAAGAGUUGAUCACGGUGUCGUGGUCGCGAUUGUGAUCGCGUCCAUUUCUCGGCUACAAGUUAAUCGAAAAGCCGCGCGCAACCACCGUCACGCAAGAUGACAGCGAAGUAUGUUUUUAUGACGCUGAUCAACGCAGCUUUUCUUUGCCUUGCAUUAACCAUACUCUCGGAAUCGGCAGGAACCUCUUGCAAGUGGUUGUCCGAGGGUGGUAACGACACACGUUCCGCGGACUGCACUCUUCGAGUAUUAGAUCCUGGCGCGAUUACUGGUCUAGUCGCGUCACUCGACGGCGCUCUCAAAUUACGAAUACGGUGCAGCGACGUCCAUCACUUCGAAAGCAGCUUCAACGCACAAAGUUGGCAACGUUUGACUAGUUUGCACGAGCUGCACGUGCACGGUUGUAAAGUAUUGCGAAUACCCGAAGGUGCUUUCCAACCGCUUCUAGAACUCAAGAAACUGACUGUACAAACUUUUAACUCUGUAUGGGGUGCAAGCCGUUUUCUUGAACUCGCUCCGGAUUCUUUCCUCGGUCUACGGGAACUGCAUACGUUAGAAAUUGUGGAAAGUAAUGUGCAAGCGUUACCAGUGAACUCGCUUUGCUCCUUGGAUAAUCUACAAACGUUGAAUUUAACAGAGAAUCGUUUACGCGAUAUAAACGACAUUGGAUUGAAUCGACGUGACUCGGAUGACGGAUCCGACGGAAACGGUGAGUCAUCGUGCCGCGCGGACAUUCGAAUUUUAGAUCUGUCGCGAAAUGAGAUUACGCGUUUACAGGAGAACAGUCCGUUGCUCGAUCUUCGCCAACUUCAAGAGCUACACCUGCAACGGAACGCGAUCGUUGAAAUAGCCGGUGACGCGCUCACCGGGCUUACCGUGUUGCGUACCUUUAACGCCAGUUAUAAUUCUCUGGACUCGUUGCCCGAAGGAUUGUUCGCCAGCACAAGGGAUCUUCGCGAGAUACACCUGGCGUACAACGGGCUCCGCGACCUGCCCAAGGGUAUAUUCACCCGUCUGGAGCAGCUGCUGGUACUCAAUCUCGCUGGUAAUCGGCUCGGCAGCGAUCGAGUGGACGAGACCACGUUUCUCGGGCUAAUACGACUGAUCGUUCUCAACCUGUCUUACAACAUGCUAACGCACAUCGACGCUCGUAUGUUCAAAGAUCUUUUCUUCCUUCAAAUUCUCGAUCUUAGGAACAAUUCGAUCGAUCGGAUAGAGAGUAACGCCUUUUUGCCUCUCUACAAUCUACACACCCUCGAGCUGUCCGAUAAUAAGCUUCACACCGUGGGAGCGCAACUAUUCAACGGUCUGUUCGUUCUGAAUCGACUCACGUUGUCCGGCAACGCGAUCGCGAGCAUCGACCCGCUCGCGUUUCGCAACUGUUCCGACCUGAAGGAACUGGAUUUAAGCGGUAACGAGCUUACGUCCGUGCCCGACGCGCUACGCGAUCUCGCUCUUCUGAAAACUCUCGACCUAGGCGAGAACCGGAUCAGCAAUUUUUAUAAUGGCUCGUUCCGCAAUCUCGAUCAACUUACAGGAUUGCGGUUGAUCGGCAACGACAUUGGGAAUCUUUCGCGCGGUAUGCUGUGGGAUCUACCGAAUCUGCAGAUUUUAAAUUUGGCUAGGAACAAGGUUCAACACGUUGAGAGGUACGCGUUCGAACGGAACAUGAAAUUGGAGGCGAUCAGGCUCGACGGCAACUUCCUCUCGGAUAUUAACGGUGUUUUCACCAGCAUUGCCAGUUUAUUAUUAUUGAAUCUGUCGGAGAAUCACAUCGAGUGGUUCGACUACGCGUUCAUACCGGGAAAUUUGAAAUGGCUGGAUAUACACGGAAAUUUCAUCGAGAGUUUAGGAAAUUAUUACAAGAUUCGCGAUUCGAAGGUGAAGACAUUGGACGCUAGUCACAAUCGUAUCACGGAACUGUCCCCAUUGUCCGUGCCGAACAGCGUCGAGUUGCUGUUCAUAAACAACAAUUACAUCAAUCUGGUGCGAUCUAACACGUUCACGGAAAAGGUGAAUCUGACCAGGGUCGACAUGUACGCGAACAUGAUCGAAACGAUGGAACUGACGUCGUUGCUGCUGACCAAGGUAGCAGAGGACCGACCCCUUCCAGAAUUCUACAUCGGUGGUAAUCCCUUCAACUGCAACUGCUCGAUGGAUUGGCUGCCAGGAAUUAACAAUCAGACCUCGACCAGGGAAUAUCCACGGAUCAUGGACCUGGACAAUGUGAUGUGUCGCACAUCCGGACCACGUGGCGUAGCUAUCGUGUCCGCCUCGACGGCGAGAUCCGAGCAAUUUCUCUGCCGAUACGAGGCCCAUUGUUUCGCCCUGUGUCAUUGUUGCGAUUUCGACGCCUGCGACUGCGAGAUGACCUGUCCAGCGGGUUGCAAGUGCUACAACGAUCGCACGUGGAACACGAACGCAGUGGACUGUUCCGGAUUGGGCGUCGAGGAGAUACCACGUCGGAUCCCGAUGGACGCGACCGAGGUUUACUUGGAUGGCAACGUGUUACGCGAGUUGCAGAACCACGUCUUCAUCGGACGGAAGAAUAUGCGGGUGCUGUACGUGAACGGGAGCGGUAUAGAAUCGAUCCAGAAUCGUACGUUCAACGGGUUGAACAAUCUGCAGAUCCUACACCUCGAGGAAAAUCGGAUACGAGAGUUGAAGGGCUUCGAGUUCGAACGGCUGUCCCACCUGCGCGAACUCUACCUCCAGAACAAUCUGAUCGGAUUCAUCGGUAACCUGACCUUCCUCCCGUUACGUUCCCUCGAAAUAUUAAGGCUGAGCGGGAAUCGAUUGGUGACUUUUCCGGUCUGGCAGGUCACCCUGAACGCUCGCCUGGUCGAGCUGUCUCUCGGUAGUAAUCCGUGGUCCUGCCGUUGCAAGUUCUUGCAAGAAUUGUCCUCGUGGGUGUCGGACAACGCGCACAAAGUGGUGGACGCGAGCGACGUUUGGUGCUACUACGGGGGUGACGCGAGGCCGGCUUACAGGCGGCGAUUGAACGUCAACGAGACGGUCUGUUCCGAUUACUUCUCUCAGGGUGGCGUGAUAGAAAGCAUCAUGGUGUCCGAUUACUUGCCACUGGUGGCCGCCACGUUGUCGGGGGUGCUCGUCCUCCUCGUGAUCAUCGUGCUUGCGUUCAUAUUCCGCGAGUCGGUCGGCGCCUGGGCAUAUUCCAAGUACGGGUUACGAUUUUUGCGCGCAAAGCCCGGCAAAUCGAGCGGAACCGCGGCCAUGGCGUCCGCUGCUCCGAUGGCCGCCUGCUGCGACUCCGACCGCGAACGUCUCUACGAUUGUUACGUUUGUUACAGCCCCAACGACGAGGAUUUCGUGUUGCAUUCGUUGGCCGUGGAACUCGAACACGGCACGGCCGGCCUCAGGCUGUGUCUGCAUCAUCGCGACCUACCCUGCGUACUCCGUGCUUCCACCCCGGCACCGGUCGUCCUCGAGGCGGUGCACGCGUCGCGCCGCGUUCUAAUCGUCCUCACUCGUAACUUCCUGCUCACCGAAUGGUCCCGAUUCGAGUUCCGCGCCGCGCUUCACGAAGCCCUCCGCGGCCGGACCGCGCAAUUGAUCAUCGUCCAAGCGGAAAACGCGUAUCCGGAGGUGGAACUGGACCGCGAACUACGCCCGUACCUUCGAACCGCGGCAGCGAUCCUCACGUGGAACGAGAAGAGGUUCUGGGAACGUCUUCGAUACGCGAUACCAUCGGCGAGCACUAUGGGCGAUAUAUCGAUCGAGAGUAAAUCGUCCCCGCUCGUCUACAAGCGUAACAUCAAUACGUACACGUUGGACGGUGUCGGUAGCGAGAAGACGAGCAUGUCGACGUUACGCGGCCAAGAACGACAACGUUCCCUGUUCAAAGACUCGUCCCCGACCACCGCAUUAAUGUUGCAACACGCGCCGCCUGCCUAUUCCUGCGGCACGGUUUCCGCGCCGCAACAACAACUGCCACCUUCGUCCCCGCAACCCAGGCUGACCGUCAAUCACGCCUACCGAGAUGCGGUUACCGUGCCAGGUAACAAUCUCAUCGCCACGAACACGACGGUCAGCAGCGGCAGCAGCGAGGAUCACAGAAGACCGCUGUCCGAGCACAUAUACUCGUCCAUCGACUCGGAUUAUUCGACGCUGGAGAGAACUGCCUGGAGACAACAGCAACCCCCGCCUCCGCCCCCACCGCCAUCCUCCGGCCAGGCCUAUCUCGUCUAGCUUCGCGCCGAUUCUCUUCUGCUUGUGAUACUUACUUCUUUUUCUUUUCUUUUUUUUUUUUUUUUCAUUCCUUUCUUUCCUCUCUCGAUGAGAAAAAGCUUCUGUCUCGCCUGUUGCGUUUCACUGUUUCGAUGCCGCAAAGGGGACGGAUUUGAUAUAUUAUACAUUAUACUUGACGAACGAUACGUAAAACGUGUCCCAGAGUACCUUGGAUAAUUGAUAAAUGAAAGAUAUUAUUUUCUCACUUGGAUCUCGUAUAUCAAGUAUCCAAGGUUAAUGGGUGGUAUCGAUAUCGAACGAUUGUACCAUCCAAUGUACCUCGAGAGAUCGUCGUCGAGUUAUUUCGCCUUUUAUCUGGGCUGUGCUCAACACAGGGAGACGUUAUUAGCGUAGCUUAUUAGCGGAUAAAGGAAUAGGCGAUUAGCCGAGAGUAUUUAUUCCACUACUUCUACUACUACUUUAGAAAUAUUUGUCCGCGACGAUCCUUUUUCUUUUCUCGUUGAAUACGUGUUCGCUCUUGCUUUGUUUCAUCGGUAAAAGGCGUGAUUGUUCACUUUUCCACUUCUGCAUUUUCCCCCCUUUCUUUUUUCCAUCCCUUCCGUCUUUUUUCCCCUCGGUCUAUCCUCCCUAUUCUAUGCCUCUUCCCCCUCUCCUUCUCCUCUCACACUCUCUCUCUCUCUCUCUUUUCCGUUGUCUCCGGUCCCUCGAUAUCAGAGCCUCUUCUCUCUCUUCUAUUCGCGAACAGAUUGCGCGCGCGCAAACUGUAUGAUGCGAAAUUUCUGAAUGGCGUCUCGUGAGAAUCUAGUUCGACAGGGACUCUUCUCUUCUCUACUCCCUCUCCCACUUUACUUGACGACUUUUCACCGAGCGAUAAAGUAUAAACAUGCCAUCUCCUUUGCGCCGGGAUCACCGGGAAAAAUCGUAUUUUAAUGGCGAUUUAGAGAUCCACACACGUUGUACAUAUCUAUUAUUAUAUAUAUAUAUAUACGGAAGAAA